ACGCAUGCGCAGUGACAGCUCCGUGCUCUCCAGCAGCACAUUCUGGUUCUACAGUUAGCUGAAGCUAGCUGGCUAGUUUCCGCCUGCACUUAUAACGGUCCUAUUCAGGGACCAGGUGCAUCCCUCCAGACCCGGUCCGGACAGUUACCACACGGUACCGGCUCUGAAAGGGGGUCUACGAAGACUGCAGAGGGAACUGAGAAUCAUAACAGAGCUAACAGGAGCUAGCCUCAGAGCUGGACAACAUGGCGACAGAGGAGAAGAAACCAGAGACAGAAAACAUCAAACAGUCUUCAUCAUCAGGGUCCGGGAGUAAGUCGAAUCCAGCUAAACCAAACUACACAGUCAAGUUCACGCUGGCUGGACACACGAAGGCCGUCUCCUCUGUCAAGUUCAGCCCCAACGGAGAGUGGCUCGCCAGCUCCUCCGCAGACAAGCUGAUAAAGAUUUGGGGAGCGUUCGAUGGAAAGUUCGAGAAAUCCAUUGUCGGACACAAACUGGGGAUCUCUGAUGUGUCCUGGUCUUCGGACUCUAACCUGCUGGUUUCUGCGUCCGACGACAAAACACUGAAGAUCUGGGACAACAACUCGGGGAAGUGUCUGAAGACUCUGAAGGGUCACAGUAACUACGUCUUCUGCUGUAACUUCAACCCUCAGUCCAACCUGGUGGUCUCUGGAUCGUUUGACGAGAGCGUUCGUAUCUGGGACGUCAAGACCGGUAAAUGUCUGAAGACUCUGCCGGCUCACUCGGACCCCGUCUCUGCUGUUCACUUCAACAGAGACGGCUCCCUCAUCGUCUCCAGCAGCUAUGACGGUCUCUGUCGUAUCUGGGACACGGCGUCAGGACAGUGUCUGAAGACUCUGAUCGAUGACGACAAUCCUCCGGUGUCUUUUGUUAAGUUUUCUCCAAACGGGAAAUACAUCCUCGCCGCCACACUGGACAACACGUUGAAGCUUUGGGACUACAGCAAAGGAAAGUGUUUGAAGACGUACACAGGACAUAAAAACGAGAAGUACUGCAUCUUUGCGAACUUCUCCGUCACAGGAGGGAAGUGGAUCGUGUCGGGCUCUGAGGACAGCAUGGUUUAUAUCUGGAACCUCCAGACCAAAGAGAUCGUUCAGAAGCUACAAGGACACACAGACGUGGUGAUCUCGACCGCCUGUCAUCCAACAGAAAACAUCAUCGCUUCAGCCGCUCUGGAAAACGACAAAACCAUCAAACUGUGGAAGAGUGACUGUUAGACUACAGGAGACCUGAACCUGAACUGUCCUCACCGGUCCUGAUCCACUCCACAGAUUAUCACUAAUAACACACAAUAACACAGUUUAAUCUCAUCUGAUGUGAACACACACAGAGAGCCAUGAGCACACAGUCUGAACAGGUCUGAUGGGUCCUGAUUCAAGCACUUCCUCCCUUUCACAAUAAGAGACACACUGAAGGAUAGAACCACUGCCUCUCUCUGAAGACUUUUAUUGUUAAAUAAUCAAAGAAAGAUUUUAUUUUAAAUGUAUUUAUGUCGUUUUAUGUCGUUUGGAGAAUCAUUCAAACACAAUCAGUGCAAAACUAUUACUGUAAACCCUCUAAUAUAACCCCCACAGAUUUAAAAGUCUAUGCAGACGUGUAGCUCGCUCUAGCACCUCCUGUCCUCAGCGACACGUAUGGUAGUUGAGCCGGACCUUCGGCGGCGUUGAUAGUUGUGAGGUACGGACGUAUCCACUGCCUGCGACCAAUUCAUGAAGACCCGUGCCCCGCCCCGCUGGGCUGGUCACUUGUCUUAACUUGAGAUCAAUCAAACCAGCACUCCUCAAGGUUUCUGUUCUUAACGAGAGUCCCAACACUUUGUUAAACUGUACGAUUGUGACCCGAUGAAGGAGGAACAUUAAAAAGUGGCGCUGCCAGACUGAUCUGCCUCACUAUGUAUUCAGCAUGCUUUGCACAUUGGAGCGCCACCUUCUGGGUGAAAUACCACGACACAUCAGAAUACCUCUCCGUGUUAUAUAUUGGUCGCACUGUGCGGAGGAUACAGCUCACUCUAUGAUUCAAAAAUGUUAAUUAGUGUGUCUUAUAUUCAGAGUUUUACGGAAAUUGUGAAUCAAUCAAUUGAAGCCAUAGAGGAGAGGGCAAAUGUGCAAAAAUACUUAAAUGAGUGACGCAUUGUGCGCAGUUUUAUUACAGACAUUACUCUCCUGUAGGUUCAUGAACGCACCACGCAUCUUUUAAAGGUAACUUGACCACUAAAAGCAGCUUGAUUGUAAUUUUCCCCCAAAAAGUGUUUCUUUUUCCACUAUAAAGAAUGUAAAAAUGUACCAUAACGUUGGUAUAACAGGAAAAUAAAACUGAAAACAAGUUCAGUGGAGUUUAACAGACGGGGACAAUUUAAGUCCACUUAAACCACCUGGGUGGUUUAAGUGGACUUGACAUGUCGAAAGAGCCACGUUUGUCCUUUUGUCUUUGUUUAAAAUACAGUGAAAUCUGCCUUUAAAUUAAACAAUAUUUUAAGAAAACACAACCCAGAAAGGACCCACCCACUGACCUCUGACUCAUCUGCUGCUAUAGUAACCGUGUGUAUAUGGCUCUUCGUGCUGUGGAACCAUCUGAUUGGACAGUGAGCAUCAGCACGUUCCUCAUACCGUCUCCUCAACCUUCAAAUCAGCAGAGCCUGAAAAAAGACGAAUAAUGUGCAGAAGGAUUUUUUUUUCCAGUUAUUUGUAAAUAAAGAUUUUUGAAUAUGA